GGCCUGGAGCUGUCAGCAGCCGUCCUCCGGGCCGGACUCCCUCCGGGCCGGGCUCCCUCGGCGAGAGCUGCGUCGGGACAGCUCAGUGUGCCGCCUGCCCCGGAGCCCGGCCGGAAACCGGCGGGGUGAGCAGGUUCAAACCUUAGCGGGACACCGCCAUGAGCAGGCGGCCGGGAGGGCUGGACACGUGGGCUCUGCUGUGGGCCACACCUAGACGAGCGAAAGGGGCUUCCAGGUGAUGGGUCAACCCGAGAAUAUCUCCGGACUGGAAGGGAAUUUAAAAGUCACUUAGGGUUCGUCUCUUCCAUCCCAUGCCAAAGUAUCUUUGAAAUCCCAAAAACCACCGUAGUAAUUUGACCAACCUAUUUGAACACCUCUGAUGAUGGGAAACAAAUCGCUUCCCAAGGAAACCCAUUUUGUUCCUGGACGGCUUUGGUUUUGAGAAAUUUUUUCAGGUUGAAAGAAACACCUGCCUUCUAUUCUUCCAAAUUCUUUUCCCUUGUGGACAGAUGUUCGGAUAUUUGAAGAUAGUUGCCGAGUCCCCCGAGCCUUGUCUUCUGCCCACCAAUUCCAGUUCCUUCAGUUAUCCGUCAUAUGCUGUGGCUCUCUGACCUCUUCUCUUGUUGGGCUCUAUAUCCUCUUUAAAGGAAAGCUUCUUAAUGUGAGCAAGGUGACAAAACCUAGAUUUCUCCAUCUUGCUAAGGAGGAACAAUGUCCUAUUUGGUAUAGCUGAUGGUAUCGUGCAAAAAUCAGAUCCUCAAAAAGAUGGAGACAUUAACAUACAGAGGAGCUAACUUGCUUGAGGUCAGAGCAAGGUAUUGGUGGAUCCAGGGAUAAAUCCCAAGCCUCUUAACUCCUUGACCAGUUCUAGUCCAUCAACUAUGCAGCCUAGUGUGAACCCUGAAUUAAGAUCACCCCGAAGAGUGAGCUUGGGGAGGGAAAAAUAUAUCUAUCUAUAUAUAUAUAAACUAUGACUGUAAUAGACUGGAAUGAUGUUAGGAAACACAAAUAUGGUCACCUAUCAGAGUCUACAUCCCAAUAUCAAGAAGCUGCUGACAUCCUGGAGCUAGGUCAUUUUACCUGGGACAAAUACCUAAAAGAAACAUGUUCAGUCCCAGCGCCUGUCCAUUGCUUCAAGCAGUCCUACACACCUCCGAGCAACGAAUUCAAGAUCAGCAUGAAAUUGGAAGCACAGGACCCCAGGAACACCACAUCCACCUGUAUUGCCACAGUAGUUGGACUGACAGGUGCCCGCCUUCGCUUGCGCCUUGAUGGAAGUGACAACAAGAAUGACUUCUGGCGACUGGUUGACUCAGCUGAAAUCCAGCCUAUUGGGAACUGUGAGAAGAAUGGGGGUAUGCUGCAGCCCCCUCUGGGUUUUCGGCUGAAUGCUUCCUCUUGGCCCAUGUUCCUUUUGAAGACAUUAAAUGGAGCAGAGAUGGCUCCCAUCAGGAUUUUCCACAAGGAACCACCAUCUCCUUCCCACAACUUCUUCAAAAUGGGAAUGAAGCUAGAAGCUGUGGACAGAAAGAACCCUCAUUUCAUCUGUCCAGCCACUAUUGGGGAGGUGCGGGGCUCAGAGGUGCUCGUCACUUUCGACGGGUGGCGAGGGGCCUUUGACUACUGGUGCCGCUUCGACUCCCGGGACAUCUUCCCUGUGGGCUGGUGUUUUUUGACUGGAGACAACCUACAGCCGCCAGGCACAAAAGUCAUGAUUCCAAAGAAUCCCUAUCCUGCAUCUGAUGUGAACACUGAGAAGCCCAGCAUCCACAGCAGCACCAAAACUAUCUUGGAGCAUCAACCAGGGCAGAAGGGGCGUAAACCAGGAAAGAAACGGGGCCGGACGCCCAAGACCCUAAUUCCCCAUCCCAUCUCUACCCCAUCUAAGUCAGCUGAACCUUUGAAAUUCCCAAAGAAGAGGGGUCCCAAACCUGGCAGUAAGAGAAAACCUCGGACUUUGGUGAACCCACCACCCACCUCACCAACAACCAGCACCCCUGAACCGGAUACCAGCACUGUGCCCCAAGAUGCUGCCACUAUCCCCAGCUCAGCCAUGCAGGCCCCCACAGUUUGUAUUUACUUGAACAAGAACGGCAACACAGGCCCCCACUUAGAUAAGAAGAAGGUCCAGCAGCUCCCUGACCAUUUUGGGCCAGCCCGUGCUUCUGUGGUGUUGCAGCAGGCUGUCCAGGCUUGCAUCGACUGUGCUUAUCACCAGAAAACUGUCUUCAGCUUCCUCAAACAGAGCCACGGUGGUGAGGUUAUCUCAGCCGUCUUUGACCGGGAGCAGCACACCCUCAACCUCCCAGCAGUCAACAGCAUCACCUACGUCCUCCGCUUCCUGGAGAAACUCUGCCACAACCUUCGUAGUGACAAUCUGUUUGGCAACCAGCCCUUUACGCAGAGUCACUUGUCACUCACUGCCACAGAGUACAGCCACAGCCACGACAGGUACCUACCAGGUGAAACCUUUGUCCUGGGGAAUAGCCUGACCCGGUCCCUGGAGCCUCACUCGGAUCCGAUGGACACUGCCUUGAAUCCCAACAACCUUGUCAGCACCUCCCAAAAUCUUCGAGCCCCGGCAUACCGGCCCUUGCUUCCAUCCUGUGGGCUCCCACAGAGCACAGGCUCAGCUGUGCGCAGGCUGUGUUCCAGGGGGUCAGACCGAUACCUGGAAAGCCGGGAUGGCUCGCGUCUGAGUGGCCGGGACCCUUCCUCAUGGACAGUCGAAGACGUGAUGCAGUUUGUUCGGGAUGCUGAUCCUCAGCUUGGACCCCACGCUGACCUCUUUCGCAAACAUGAGAUCGACGGCAAGGCCUUGCUUCUGCUGCGCAGUGACGUGAUGAUGAAGUACAUGGGGCUGAAGCUGGGGCCGGCACUCAAGCUCUCCUACCACAUUGACCGGCUGAAGCAGGGCAAAUUCUGAGCAGGGAGGUGCAUCCUAGACAACUGAGUGGUCAAGCAGGUGGGGUGCUCUUCCCCUGUGAAACAGGGUGGUCAGCCCACUCUCGGGUGCCUCAAUGGGAUUUCGGGCCUCCUCAAGACUCCAGGAGGCUGUGUGGAGCCACCAUUACCCUCUCCUGCCAAGAUGCGUCCUUCCAUGAAGGACUGAAGAGGGGAGAACAUGGGGCCCCGGGCUGGCACUGCUCUUCCUCUCAGCCCUGCCUCGGCUCUGAGGUCCCCUGUAUUUAUUUCUCAAGUCUGGCCAGCCUCUCUCCAGGAGUCUAGACUGGUCACCUUCCAGGUGAUGGAGGAAGGAGCCAACCCUGGGACCUUGGAAGACAGGGCCUUGAACCCAGUCCCCUCACCACCUGCUAGGCCUAGUGUGAUACCCCAUUGCCCCAUAGCUCCUGCCUUCUCCCCACCAGCUUCCUAGACUCCAAAAUGAUGGUGCAAACCUCUACCUUUUUUUAAAAGAGAUCUUUUCUUAUUGUUAAUUUAUUGUUUCUGGCUCUUGACAAGCCCUCCAGUUCAUAGUCCUUGCACCUUGGAGCUUGGGUUUAAGGAGGUGGGAGAAUGGCCUACCCUGGCCUCUUUUCAGAGGAUACCACCCUAGGGUACUUGCUUUUGGGGGUAGACAGACCACAGAGCCUUGACCACAUCAUUCACCACGGGGAGGAGAGGGUCGCUGUCACCUUCCCCUCCCUUCCUCCACUGGGCUCUUUGCAGCUCCGAGCCUCAUCUACGGGAAUGUGAGCCCCUGCCCUACCCUGUCCACAGACAGUCUGUCCCCAACACCAGCUUCUUGCUCUGGCCGGAACUCCUUUGGAAGAAGAUUGGGCCCAAUGAUUUUAGGCCCAGGAAGCGCUAAAGUGAAUGGGAGGGGAGGUCUCUAGGCUGGAGUCUGGCUCCGCCCACUCUGCUGUCCAUUUGCUUCCUUUGUAAGCAAGUCAGCAGCAAGCUGCCUCUGCUACCAUCUGAACUUAUUUUAUGUGGAUUUGUUUAUAAAUAAAAAUCAAUAUAGAUGCCAGUGUCCUUUUAAUCAGUUGACAGCUGCAACACUGUGCCUCCACAAGGCAAGUCACUCUCCUUCCCUUGAUCUUAGUUUUCUCAUAUGUAAAACGAGGAGCUUGGACAAGAUG